AUGCAAGUUAUCGCAGCAAGUGCUCGUAGCUUCUAUCUGAAGACCGUGCCGCGUGCUGUCCCUAUUCUCACGCAGUCGCAGACACCUUGCAGGCAACAGCCGGUACCUCGUGUCCCGCGACGGAGCGCAAGCUCCAAGACGUGCGGGACAUGCAACGCUACGUUCUCGUCAGGCAAUGUGCUCUAUCGUCAUCUAAAGGAAUGCGGUGUCGCCAGAGGUAUCGACGAAAAAACGGAUACAACUGACAUCGGCGAGCUGGGAAACGAUGCUGAGGGGCUAAGAGCUCGUGGGACUGAACCCACCAACUUCACAGCACCAUCGCACCAAACAGCACAGGCUAGCAGCACCAGCCCGUCUGCAGACACUGCCAGUAAGACCUCGGAUAGUCCUCACAAAUGGACCUCUCCGCCCAUCAGAGCGUCUGGAAAGCUAUGUCAAGGCCGUAGGAUCCUGCUAACCGGAGGCACCUCUGGGAUCGGUCUGGCCGUUGCGGAGCGUCUGCUCGCGGAAGGUGUCUCACACAUCACGAUUCUCACCCGAAAGAAGUGGCCAGAGGUCAAGCCCACGUUCCUUCGGCUGACGUCUAUUGCCGGUGCGGAUGCUGCCGUAAACAUCUUGAAUCAGUUCGAUAUCACAAACCUCCAACAAGUCGAGAAAGAUAUCCCGAAAAUCCUUGUCGGUGGAGAAUGCGACACGGUGAUCUCUUGCGCCGGCAUUGCUCAAGCUAAAGGCAUACUCAACGUCUCCGAGGACGACGUCGAGUCGAUACUGAGGACGAAUCUCACAGCAAGCAUGGCCAUAGCGAGGAUUUUCUUGCGGACCUAUUUUAAGACCUUUAACUAUGGUAAAGCUCGAAAACGACUCCGGCCUGAAGACUUGAGAGACGAAUUUGUCGGUCCAUUCGAAUCUGGAAUCCAAGCCUUACCAUCAGCGAAUUCCCGAGUCUUCGUGGCCGUAUCUUCCCUGCUCGCCACGCAAGGCGGCCACGGCACCUCAAUCUAUGCAGCUAGCAAAGCCGGACUCGAGGCAUUCGUUCGGGCGCUGUCCGGCGAAGCGGGACACAUGUACCGCAGGCUCGUCACUACAGCCUCUCCACAGUCGACAGCAGAGCAUAUCUCCAACGUUCCACCAUUCCGGGCGAACAUCGUGCGUCCCGGCUAUGUGGCCACACCAAUGCUGCAGAACUUUACACCCCAGUAUGCCAAAGGACUGCAAGCAAAGAUUCCACUGCGAAGAUUUGCCACACCCGAAGAGGUGGCUGAUGCUGUCGUCUUCUGUGUGGCGAACGAAUACGCGAACAACACCGUGCUGAAUGUUGACGGAGGCAUGAGUGCGGGCUUCGCAUACGGGGAGUAG